UAUAUUAAUAAUGUUUCAGAAGGCACAUUCCACUAAUUUACUUAUUGAAAUGGUAGAGCAUGUAGAUGAUGACAAGUUUCUGGAUCGUAAAUUAGAGCAAGAAUGUGAUAGUUUUAAUGACAAAAUAGGUAUCAUAUAUUAAAAUUUUAGAUACAAGAAGUCUAAUUUUGAAGACUAUAAAUAUCUUUGGAAAACAAAAAUAAAGUUAAGAUGCAAGGAUAAUAGAGAUUACGGGAGAGAAGUAGCCAUCUUCAAUCCCAAAUAUAGUCAAGAAUUAAAAAUAUAGCAUAAUCACAUUCAUUCCUAUUGUGCUAUUUGACUAAUUCAGGUAUUUUUUUAAUUUGUUUUUCCUCUUAAUCACCUUGUCAUAAUUUAUAGAACCAUUGAAAGUAGGAUUCCUAUUUUCUUAUGUGGCUCCACUUGUAUUUGUAAGCAAUAUUGAUUUUAUGAGAGGUCCUUACGCUAACUUUAAUUAAAGAGGCAUAUGAUGAUUUUAAAAGAUUUUUAAGAGAUAGGGAGGCUAAUUCACAGUUAUAUAAUAAGAUUUUAUUGAAUGAUGUGGUUUCAAUUAAAUCAUCAUAAUUAAGAGUUGGAGAUGUUAUAGAAGUUCAGGCAAAUUAAAGAGUACCAGCUGAUUGUGUACUUUUGAGGACUUCAGAAAGGAGUGGUACAGUUUUUAUUAGAACUGAUCAGUUGGAUGGAGAAACUGAUUGGAAAUUAAGAAGUGGAUUAAAGUUAACUGAGUUAGGAUAGUUUUUCGGUAGUACUUUGAUUGUUGAAGCUCCUAAAUUAGAUAUCUAUGAUUUUAAAGGUAGGAUUAAAAUAGAUGAAGUAAAAGAAUCUAUUUCAAUUGAUAACACAUUAUGGGCAAAUACUUAUGUAGCAGCAGGGAAGGUUACUUGUGUUAUAAUUUAUACAGGAAGAGAAUGCAGAUCAUCUAUGAAUUAAAGAGGAAGUAGAUUAAAAAUGGGUAGAUUAGAUAGAGAACUUAAUUUUUUGUCAAAAGUAUUGUUUUGUUUCAUGUGUAUAUUAGCAGGUGGAAUUUUGAUACUCACACCUGAUAAUGAUGUCUUCAUCAACUUAUUAUAAUUUUUUAGAUAUGUCUUAUUGCUAUCUAGUAUAAUACCUAUUUCAUUGAGAGUUAAUUUAGACUUUUCUAAAUUAGUAUUUUCAAUGAAGAUUAAUUCUGAUAAAGAUAUAGCCGGGGCUAUGGCAAGAAAUUCUUAGAUUCCUGAAGAAUUAGGAAGAGUUCAUUAUAUAUUAAGUGAUAAGACUGGUACUUUAACUUAGAAUUGUAUGACAUUCAAAAAAUUAGCAUUAGAAAGCAAUACAUAUACUGCUAAAGAUUUGAAUGUAGUUAAUAAAAUAUUGAAAAGACAAUUUUCAGCUAAUCCUGUUCCUUUACAUGAUAUCAUUACUGGUAAAACAAAAAGAAAUUCAAGAAGAAAUAAAGAUGUUGUACUGAGAGACUUAAUCUAAUGUUUGUCUCUAUGUCAUAAUGUUACUCCAAUUAUAGAAAAUGGAGUUAGAUCAUUUUAGGCAAGUAGUCCUGAUGAGAUAGCAUUGGUUUAAAUAAGUGAAUAAAUGGGAAUAUAAUUGAUAUCAAGAACUGCUGAAUAAAUGGUUAUCUAAACUCCUAAUAAGAUUGAAACAUUCAAGAUUAUAUAAGAAUUUCCUUUUAGCAGUGAAAGAAAACGAAUGGGAAUAAUUGUAUAAUCAGAUUCAAUAGAUGGUUACUUCUUUUAUCUUAAAGGAGCUGAUUAAAUCAUAAAGAAUAAAGUUCCUGAAGUUUAAAGAGGAUUUUUAAUGGAUGAAGCAGAAAUGCUAAGUAGAGAAGGUUUACGUACACUUGUAAUGACAUAAAAAUACAUGACAGUAGACGAAUUUAAAAGAUGGUAAAGUUAAUACGAAUUGGCAAAAUUAUCAAUGGAAGAGAGAGAAAUAAAGAUUAAUUAAGUUUUGGAAUAAUUAGAGUAAGGAAUGGAAUUUUUAGGGAUAUCUGGUGUAGAAGAUUUGUUAUAAGAAGAUAUAAAUCAUUGUAUUGAUUAACUUAGAAAUGCUGGUAUUAAAAUUUGGAUGUUAACAGGUGAUAAAGUUGAAACAGCUUAAUGCAUAGGUAUAUCAGCGGGACUUAAAACACCAUAAUAAGAAAUGUUUACAAUAAAGGAAGCUGAUUCCUUAAAUAUUUAGAAUCUUUUGAAUUAAUUUUCAGCUAAACACAAUUCAAUCUUAGUAAUUGAUGGUAUUUCUUUGAGUCUUGCUUUUAAUGAUCAUUUUGAUUAAUUUAUGUAUGUAACAAGUAGAGCACCUUGUGUAAUUUGUUGUAGAUGUUCACCUACUUAAAAAGCAUAAGUUGUUGAAGCUAUAAAAAAAAACACAAAUUAGGUAACUUUGGCUAUAGGAGAUGGAGGAAAUGAUGUUUCUAUGAUAUAGGCAGCAGAUAUAGGAAUAGGAAUAGUUGGAAAAGAAGGGAAAUAAGCUGCAUUAGCAAGUGAUUUUUCAAUUAUGAAAUUUAAAGAUUUAUCGACUCUUUUACUUUGGCAUGGAAGAUUAGCUUAUAAGAGAUCUUCAGUAAUGGCUUAAUUUGUAAUGCACAGAGGAUUAGUGAUAUCAAUUAUCUAGGCUAUAUUUAGUUUAGUAUUUUAUGGAAUAGCUAUUCCAAUAUAUAAUGGAUAUUUGAUGUUAGGAUAUGCAACUGUUUUUACUGUUCUACCAGUCUUUUCUUUGAUCUUUGAUGAAGACAUUACAAAGAAUAAAGCUUUAGAGUUUGCUGAACUUUACAAAUCUUUAUAAAAAGGAAGAGAAGUAACAACUAAAACUUUUUUAAUUUGGUUAUGGAAAAGUAUCUAUUAAGGUACUGUGAUUAUGUCAUUAUCUUUUUUGUGUUUUUAGAAUAAUUUUUUGUAACUUGUAACAGUAACAUUUACAGCUUUAAUAAUGAUAGAAUUACUUAAUGUAAUUACUGAACUUAAAACUUUUAAAUUCAUGACUUUAGUUAGCUAAUUUAUAUCAAUUAGUUUAUAUUUGUGUUGCAUCUAUUUUAUGAGAGAUAUUAUUAAUUUAAGUGAAAUUACAAUCAACUUUGUAAUAAAUGUGGGAUUACUUGUACUUGCAAGUUGGUUUCCUUUACAUUUAGUUAAAUAGGCCAUACAUAAGUACUACCCUUCAGAGGCUGAUAAAAUAAUGGAAAAAAUUAAACAUUGA